AUGACACCCGAUCAAGAUCCAACACAAAAGACUCUUUCCAUUAUCCAAUCUGACUUUGAGAGGAGAUAUGCCUGUCCAGAUUGCGAUAAAGAGCUCUCAUGUGGCUCUAGUCUCAAAAGACACCUACUACUAAAACACAAAAAGGAAAUGACACUCAAAUUCGGGAGAACCUUCAAGGGUGGCAGGUCAUUUAGUAAUCAGAGAUACUAUAUGAAGAAGAGAAAGCUAAAAAAUGUUGAAAAGACGGACAAGCAGUUCAAAAGAUCCAUGUUGAAUCAACGCGCUUAUCAAAAAAAGGUGUUCAAGGCAGAAGCAGAGACACUCAAGCAAGCUGUCAUUGAGAAGACAAAACUCAUCAUCCAGCAAUACAACAAUACAGAGGAUGUACGCAAGCAUUUGGAUGUCGCUGCCACGGCUUUAAAAGCACAGUAUCAGGAUAAUAUGUAUACUGAAAUGCAAACCACACUUGGCCUUCCCAAUACAUUUGAAAUCAGCUAUUCGAUAGCAUUUUACUUUUUACUAGCAAUCGCUAAUCGCUUACCACAUUUCAUCAACUUGGAAUACAAUAGGAAAGAAGUGGCUUUAGGUCUUUGUUGGCACAAUAUUGAUCAGGACGGUGCAACUGAUUGUUUCAAGUACAAUGACAAGAUCACAAAUGCCAUAUUUGAGCAAAUGGACUUCUAUUUUUUGGGCAAAGGAAAGGCGAUUAAGGAGCAAAAGUUGAAAUACAUGGCCUGCAUUGCAAGCUUCCUCAAUGCUGUGUUUACUGCCUGUGGCAACAAGCACAUUCCCAUCAAGAAAGACAUGAAGAAUCCCUGCUAUUUAUUGCGAUCGUUGUUCAAAGAGCCAUUGAUUCCACUGCCACCCUCUGCAACAAGCAAAAGAGAUGCACUACAAGGUGAUACCAGCGAUACAGACAACCUUGAUUUGGAGCUAUCGAAUUCAAUGUCUGUUUCGUCUGUAGAGAGUAACAAUCCUGUCUUUAUCAUUCCUCCUCCUCCAAUGAUGACGAUGCAGGGCAGCGAACUAGUGAAAAAAACAAUAACAUCUCCAAGUAAUGUAACUGACGCUAUGGGCUCAUACAAAACAACAUUUCGUUUCCCUAAAAACUUGCGCGAUUCCCCUUGGCCCUCUUCAAACGAAAAUUUGAAUGAUGAAUAA